AUGGGCAAGGAAGACCACUCAUGCUUUGCUACGGUGUUCGACGCCGACGUAGCUGUUAUCCCUCUGCAUUCAAGGUUUUUCCGGGCGGCGGUGCUGGCCGAGCUCGGCCGCGAUGGCCGGCAGUGGGAGUGGCCGAAGCCUUCUGCUGAAGAGGUGGCGGACAGGCUCGCCGACUGCGAUGAACCCGUUCGAGAUAAAGUGCGCGACACCGUCCGGGACAGCGACGCAGGCUCUGGCCUCCUAUCAAUGAGCGCGCUGUGCUGGGUGGUGAAGAGGAUGGAUCGCCUGACCGGCGACGAUCGUCGCAGCCAUGUCGGAGUUGCUGCCGAUGCCUGUGACGACGACGCCGCGGAGCCCCCUUCGGCAUCCCAAGCAGUCGGUGUCGCCGACACCAGCGGAGAGGCCGGAGACGGCGUCAACAAGGCAGAUGAGGAGGCAGAAAGGGCUGUGGCGAGGACCGCGGAUCAGGAAAAGGAGGAGGAGGAGGAUGACACCGAUGAUCAGGAUGAUAACGAGGAGGAUCGUGAGGAGCGUGAGCAGGGGCAUGGGCAGGAGGAGGAGGAGGAGGAGGAGGAGGAGGAGGAGGAGGAGGAGGAGGAGGAGGAGGAUGAUGAGGAGGAGGAGGAGGAGGAGGAGGAGGAGGAGGAGGAGGAGGAGGAGGAGGAGGAGGAGGAGGACAAGGAGGCGGCGGCGGUGGAGGCCGUGGAGCAGGGUUUCGGGUCGGUGGAGCAGGUGGCGGAGGGGGAGAAGCAGCAAGAGGGGGAGGAGGAGGUAGAGUUCCCCUGGGUCGAAUUCGAGAUGGAGGAUGUUGAGGGAGCGGCGGCGGUGGCCGUGGAGGGAGCGGCGGCGGUGGUGGAGGGAACGGGUGGGAUGUCGGCGGAUGUUGUGUACGUGCGAGGGGAGGGUGCCGAUGUGGAGAAUGUCGGCGUGGAGGAGACGCACGUGGUCGGCAAUGUGGUUGGCGACGCGAAGGAGGAGGAUAACGCCGCGGCCCCGACGCCGACGGGCGUGGAGACCACCACAGGGAACGCAGGGGUGGAACGCCGGGGUGGAGCGGUAGAGGCGGGCCGUCAACCGGGUUCCUCAGCAGCUGGUCGGCAGGCAACGCCGGCCGUCGUCGCGCAGCUGCGACAGGAGAACAUGUGGCUGAGGGCUGAAAAUGCUCGUCUCGAGACGGCGCUCGGAGUGGAGAGGGGUCGGGUGGACAAGUUUGCGAUGGGGAUUGGCCGCCUCGUGGACAAGCUCAGGUCGUUGGCCGACCAGGUCGCCGCCUCCGACCAGGACGCGUCGAGUCGGCUGAUGGACGCGUCCUUGACCAUGGCGACGACCGUCACGGAGAACAUCACCGCCAACAUGGGUGAAGCAUGGGAUGCGAUGAAGGCGUACGCCGAGAGGGCGGAGUGCUGGUUGGACGAUCUAGAGAAUCCGGAGGGGUUUAUGGCGGUGCAACGUGCGAACGCGGUCGUCGCCAUGGGCAACCACGUGGACGAAGCGAGGAAGGGAUUGGAGGAAUACAUAUCGAAGCACCUAGUCGCCGCGCAGACCAACAUCGCCGCCGCGGUAACUCAACGCGUCGCCGUCCCGCCGCCCACGCCGCCCGCCCCACCGCCAGCCUUCCCGGACGAGCUCAUGAAGUCUUUCAAGGCGGAUGUGUUGAAGGCGGUGACUGAGGCCACCCAGCAGUCAUUUGUUGCGUCCGGGUUAAACCUCAUGACCCAGGUGAUCGGCCAUCUGGCGCCUGGUCGGCAUGGGUCGUUGCCGUCGGACAACGAGGCCGACAAGAAGGGUGCGAAAAGGGCGGGCGGCGGAGAUGAUGCGUUGAGCUCGAAGCGGAGCAAGGGAGCCGAUGGGAGCCGCGGCGUCGGCCAGGUGGGUCCAGGCGGCUCGCGGAGCAAGGGAGCCGAUGGGAGCGGAGGUACGAGCGUGGUCGACCAGCUCAAGAAGAACGGGGCCAAGGUGAUAAGGACGCACAGCAAGGGCGAUGGAAUCAGGAGUGCGGAGGGGGGCCCUGCCGACCAGGUUGCCGCUCAAGAGGCUGGACCAACAGCCCCGCCAUUGGUCGCCGAGAAGCCGGCCAGUCUAGCGACCGCACCAACGGCGAUAGAUGGCGGCGCCAAAACCGUCAAGGGACCGUCCGGCGGAGUGGCGGGGAUCACGUCGAUCCCCAGCAAACCCCCUGCGGCUAGCAGCGCGCCGGUCGCCCCGUCAGCCGCCAACAAUGAUGGGCCGUCCCUUGCGGCUACUCCAGCACCAGCAGGCACGUCUGCCGCCAAGGUUGACGCGGUGAAUGCUGCGGCUAACCGCGCUGGUGCGUCCGCCCCAAAGGCGAACGCGCUCAGGGAGAUGCUCAGCCGCAUGGAGACCCAUCGACAGGACGUGCAGCAACCUCCCGUGGUCGGUACCGCGCCGGCCACAACAGCACGACGCUCGGUCACUCCCCAGGUCGCCGCCACAACGUCCAGUGCCCCACCUACCGCGCCUAUCAUCGCCGCCCGUCCUC